AAGGUGGCAGCAGCAGAUCUGGGAACAGUAGCGGAAUAUAUUCCCUCCUGUGCAGCUCAGUGAGUUUGGAUCCUGGAAUCAUGAGCGGGUGCCCCUUUGCGGGGAACAACUACCUAUUUAACUUUGACAAGCUAUCUUUGGAAGAUGGAAAAGAUGACAAAUCUCAGGAAGGGAUAAACAAAGCCAGCAAAGGUGGACUUGUCUAUGGAGACUACCUACAACUGGACAAAAUAUUGAAUGCUCAAGAACUUGAGAGUGAGAAGAAAGGAAAAAAAAUCCAUGAUGAGCAUCUUUUCAUUGUGACACAUCAAGCUUAUGAACUUUGGUUUAAGCAGAUUCUGUGGGAAAUGGACUCUGUACGGGUGAUCUUUCAAAAUGGCCAUGUAAGAGAUGAGAGGAACAUGCUGAAGGUUAUUACUCGAAUGAACAGAAUUUCAAUGAUUCUGAAAUUACUUGUGGAACAGUUCUCAGUUUUAGAAACUAUGACUCCACUGGAUUUCUUUGAUUUCAGAUACUACCUAAGCCCAGCCUCAGGUUUUCAGAGCCUGCAGUUUCGCUUGCUAGAGAACAAAAUUGGUGUUCACCAAAGUCUGAGAGUCCCCUAUAACAGAAGGCAUUAUCGUGAUAACUUCAAGGGGCAGGAUUAUGAAUUACUGCUUAAAUCAGAGCAAGAACCAACGCUACUGCAACUUGUGGAGGCAUGGCUGGAAAGAACUCCAGGACUUGAAGCAGAAGGAUUUGAUUUCUGGGGACAAUUUGAAGUGAAUGUUUUAAAAGGUCUAGAAGAGGAAUUUGCCUUGGUGCAGGCCAAACCAGAAUCAGAAGAAAAAGAUGACCUAUUAUCUGAAUUCCAAAAACAGAAAGAUGUAUUACUUUCAUUAUUUGAUGAAAAACGUCAUGAACACCUGCUUAGCAAAGGAGAAAGACGACUGUCUUAUAAAGCACUGAAGGGUGCCUUAAUGAUCUAUUUCUACAGGGAGGAGCCUCGUUUUCAGGUUCCAUUUCAGCUUCUUACCUCCCUUAUGGAUAUCGAUGUACUCAUGACCAAAUGGAGAUAUAACCAUGUCUGCCUGGUGCACAGAAUGAUUGGCAGCAAGGCUGGCACUGGAGGCUCAUCAGGCUACCAGUAUCUGCGCUCAACAGUGAGUGACAGAUACAAGGUGUUUGUGGAUUUGUUUAAUCUUUCAACAUUUCUAGUGCCAAGACACUGGAUACCAAAGAUGAACCCAACCAUUCAUAAGUUCCUCUACACAGCAGAAUACUGUGACAGCUCCUAUUUUAGCAGUGAUGACUCUGACUAGCCUGCCUUCCUAGACUGGGUGCUGUGAAGAACUUGAGGACUUUCACCUUGAGUGGUGCCACCCCUCAAAUAUAACAGCUAUUCUCAUGCAGUGUGGGUGUGUAAAUAUGUAUUUAUGUAUGAUGGCUAUGUGAAUAGUAUGAACAGCGCAUGGAAGAAACUUAAUUGUUUGUAGAAAAAAAAUAUCUGUAUUGAGUUAGCUUAUAUUAAGACUAAAUUGAUAGUCCAGUUCAACUCAGUGACCCAUUUAACCCUUAGUCGGCUUCUCAAAACCUGCACCUAGAGAGAGGAAGCAAAUUAUAAUUAUCAUGAUCAUGUCAUAUUUGUAUAUAUAUUUGUAUUUUUUUUUUCCCCUAAUGGCUGUUUUUAACUUCUAGUUGAGGAUGCAAUUAGUCUCAGCACCUUCAGAAGAAUAUUAGUUUCUGAACUCUAGUGGAAUUUCAAAAGGAAUUUUGGGUUAAGUUUCAAAAGCUAGAUUAAAAAAUUAAGUCCUCAAUCUAGAGAAAUCCAAGCAUCUUGAACUUUUACAUCCAUCAAGAAUCAUGUUGCUACCUAUGUGUUACUUAUGAAUGUAAAUCCCUUCCCUAGAAAGUUAUUGUUAAGAAUAGCAGACACAAAUAAGUACUUACUUUGCCAUUUAAAUAAAGUAGUAUUAAAGCUCA